UCUAUAAAAUCAAUUACUUUCAGCAUAAACUUUGAGAGAGUGAUAGAGAGGCAAAAGUCUAAAAAUGGGCAGAAGUCCUUGCUGUGAGAAGAAUGGACUAAAUAGAGGAGCAUGGACUGCUCUUGAAGACCAACUACUAAUAGAUUACAUCAAAAUCCAUGGUGAAGGGAGGUGGGGAAAGAUUCCCAAAGAAACAGGUCUUAAGAGAUGUGGAAAAAGCUGUAGACUUCGAUGGUUGAAUUAUCUUAAACCUGAUAUCAAAAGAGGGAACAUUACACAGGAUGAAGAAGAUCUUAUCUUGAGGCUUCACAAACUCUUAGGCAACAGAUGGUCUUUAAUAGCUGGAAGGCUUCCUGGCCGAACAGACAAUGAGAUAAAAAACUAUUGGAACUCAACCUUGAGAAAGAAGGUACAAGCUAAUCACUCAGAACUGCCCAAGAUUGAGAAGAAAUCUAUAAAAGGAAAGUCCAAUGAUGCCACACCAUCACUGAAGAUUGAACCUUGCUUGACCACGACCAAGCCAACAAGAUGCACCAAGGAUGAAGAAAUACACCGUAACACAUUGGUAGAAGAACCAUCCAUUAAGGGAGUUAUGGAGAAGAGUAAGGAAGCAAAUUCAGAUUCUAGAGAUGGGCUUUUGCCAAUCACUUGCGAAAAUGAUAUGCCAUGGAACUUUAUAGCGGAUCUUAAUCCGGGUCAAUUUAGCCUAACUGAAUUUCUCCACGCUGACUUUACCAAGCUCUCUGAACUCAACUCCAUGAUAGUUGAAGAUUGUAACAAUGGUUGCAUAAAUGGGUCAUCACCUUCAUCCUCAGAGGAAGCUCCUAUGUUCACUGACGAAAUGCUGAAGAAUUGGGCUGGUGAUAGUUUUUAAUCUGAUUUGGGAAUAGAUCUUGUAUUCUUUCUUCAAGUUUUAAAGGUUUGGCUUCCUGUUAAAUGUAUCAUAAAUUCCAAGAGUGCCAACUUCAACCCAACUCUCAUGCACUGCAAUCUUAAUCAUGUUGGUUCCUUGUA